UGAACAAAGGAUACCACGGUACCAAGUUUUACUAGCACAGCACGUGCUCCGGUCAUUCCUGUGAUGAGCCGCCCUUGCCGUUUCCGGGCGAAAAGAGCCCCACCUAGGCCAACCUUAAGCCGACCACAACAUUUUGUGCUCUUUGGCGGCCUCCACAUACUGCUGACUAUCUGCUUAUGCUAUCGAGUUGUACAUGCAAGCUCCACGGGAAGCGCUAGUUGCACGAAUCCGUGUGGGAUGCAACCAUCUACAUGGCUACUGAACUACAUCCAUCGGUUCGCCUUCUUUGCCCCAGGACAGUCGUUCGAUGCCAUCUGAGGGCUGGGUACCUAUCCAGAUUUGUUUUUUUACCACGAUCCCUAGUUCGAGACUUGUCCUUGACCUAGAAGCUGCGCAAGCU